AAACUUCCGUAAUAGAUCAUUUCAACUAUGAUAAGUCUGACGAUGGGAAGCAUACACUUAUAAUUGCGAAAGGCAUAACGAACAAUGAAGCUAUUUUAACCAAAAACGUGAUUGAAGGACCUCCAGUGCUUUUUAGGGGCAUAGCACACAAAAUUGGGACAGUACCAUUACUAACUAAGAUAUUAUGGGCUGGCGAAACCGCUUAUUCAUAUGAAACUAAAGCAGAUCAACAAGUGGACCAAGAACCAUUAGUUGUGGGAAGUAAAGUUAUGCUUGUAUCAGCUUUACAAGCAAGAAAAAAUGCAAGAGUUACAUUUGUUGGAAGCAUAGAGUUGUUCAGUGAUAGAUUUUUCGAUUCACCUAUCCAAAGGACUAAUUCUGCAGAAUCAUUUACCAAGUCGGGUAAUGAGGAUUUCGCCAAAGAUUUGACAAAAUGGACUUUUCAAGAAAAAGGAGUUCUCAAAGUCACUUCUAGGAAUCAUCAUAAAGAAAACGAAACGGAAGAGUUAGAAGUCUAUCGUAUUAAGGAUAACAUUGUCUAUACUAUUGAAAUUUCCGAAUACGUGAAUGAUCAUUGGCAAGCUUUUAAUGGCACCGAUGUGCAAUUUGAAGCCAUAAUGUUGGAUCCCUAUAUUCGAAAAACUCUUACACCAUUGCCCAUAUCGCCAGAACAGCAAGCACGAAAAUAUAAAGCGCAUAUUCAAUUACCAGAUGUUUAUGGUGUAUUCACGUUUAAGGUCAAUUACAAACGAUCUGGCUAUUCAUACAUUGAAGAUUCGAGCGUUGUAGCAAUUAGACCCUUUAGACAUAAUGAAUAUCCGAGAUAUAUAUCUGCUGCAUAUCCUUAUUAUACAGGAGCUGCAUCAAUGAUAGUUGGUUUCUUAUUAUUCUCAGUUAUCUGGUUUUUCAAUAAGGAAAAUUCAAAGAGAGCAAAAAAGAAGAUGAGCUAG